GCGAAAGCCCGUGCGCGCCGACGACGCCUGCUGCAUCCAGGUUGGCGCGCAGCGCUUCGCCUGCGGUUCGCUGUGUUUGUCUGGAGGGAGUAGCGACGUUGAAACCAGGAGCCGGGCGCGGCCGCAGCGGUGUGCGUGUUUCCAGGGCGAGUCCCUCGGGUGGCCGGCGAGGCGCGGGGAAGAUGCUCGAGGUCCUGGUGCUGAAGAUUGAAGAUCCAGGUUGCUUCUGGGUUAUUAUAAAAGGAUGUAGUCCCUUUUUAGAUCAUGAAGUUGACUAUCAAAAACUAAAUAGUGCCAUGAAUGACUUCUAUAAGAGCAUGUGUCAAGAUACAGAAAUAAAACCACUAAUGUUGGAAGAAGGGCAGGUUUGUGUGGUUUAUUGUCAGGAACUGAAGUGCUGGUGCAGGGCUGUUAUUAAGGCAAUUGUGUCUUCAGCAGACAAUUACCUUGCAGAGUGUUUCCUUGUGGAUUUUGCCAAAUACAUUCCAGUGAAAUCCAAAAACAUCCGAGUUGCAGUAGAAAGUUUUAUGAAGCUUCCCUACAGAGCAAAAAAAUUCAGACUGUACUGCACAAAACCUGUCACAUUGCAUGUUGACUUCUGUGAAGACAGUGCUGAGAUUGUACCUGCCAAGAAGUGGGACAGUGCAGCUAUUCAGUACUUUCAGAAUAUCCUAAAAGCAGCUACCCAGGUGGAAGCCAAAUUGUGUGCUGUGAAAGAAGAUACUUUUGAGGUUUACCUUUAUGUAACUGUAAGAAAUGAAAAGGUUUGUGUUAAUGACGAUCUGGUUGCAAAGAACUUCGCGUGUUAUGUGUCACCCUCGGAGAGCAAAAGCCUUGAUUCCUCAGAGAAACCAAGAUUGAGUAUGAAGUCAGCAUCCUUUUCCAGUAAACUCAAUCCAGCACUUACUCUUUGGCCAAUGUUCUUGCAAGGAAAAGAUUCUCAAGGGAUGGAAAAGUCAAGUGGUUUAACUUUUCUGGCGAAGUCUCUCCAGCAUCCGUGGCCCAAGGGUGUCGGUGACCUCAGGACACCCACGAGGAUCCUGGAUGAAGCUAUAAAAUGUAAUAUGGAUUCAUUGAGAGGUUCACCUAAAAAAAACUCUGAAAAGAAACAACAGUGCAUCUCCUUAAAAGAUGUAAAUAAGUGUGUUGAAUCUUCAGUGUAUUGGCCAACAAAAAGAGGCAUAACCAUAUAUGCUGAUCCAGAUAUACCAGCAGCAAGUGCUUUCUGUCAGAAGUCAAAUGAAAAACCACUUAGAUUGGCUGAGAAGAAAGAAUACAAUGAGAAGAACGGCUGUGUGAAAUUAUUGCAGUUUCUAAAUCCUGAUCCUUUGAGAGCUGAUGGAAUCUCUGAUCUGCAGCAGUUGCAGAAGCUGAAGUUGGGCUCCCAGCAGCCCUUGGUGGUUCUGCGGAACAGGGUCGAGCCCUGCUUGUCCAUCGACAUGGCGCCGCUCUCCGCAGACCUGAAAAAGGCUCUUCAAAGAAAUAGAUUUCCAGGCCCCAGCCACACUGAAUCUUACUCUUGGCCUCCCAUAGCACGUGGCUAUGACGUGGUGGUCAUUUCUCAUUGUGGAAAUGACCCUUUAUUGUACCUUCCACCACUGCUUACGAUUUUGCAAACAGGGGGCUGCUACAAGUCAUUACCAAGUAGAAACGGACCUCUGGCAGUCAUCGUGUGCUCUGGGUGGAAGAAGGCCCAAUUUAUUUUUGAAUUAUUGGGAGACUAUAGCAUGUCCUCCAGGCCUCUUCAUCCGGUGGUAUUAACAAUCGGACUCCACAAAGAUGAAGCCAAAAAUCUGAAGCUUCCAAGGGGGUGCGAUGUAAUUGUCACAACACCACAUAGCCUCCUGAGACUUCUCAAAUAUCAAAGCUUGUUAUUUCUUAGACUCUGUCAUCUGAUUUUGGAUGAAGUGGAAGUGUUAUUCUCUGAAGCUAAUGAACAACUUGUAACUUGCAUUUCAGUUAACAGCGUCAUGUUUCCUAUAUUAGAUAACUUUAAGAAAAAUACUGAAGUUGAAGAAAGGGAAUCUGCCCCACAUCAGAUUGUUGCAGUUGGAGUUCAUUGGAACAGAUGUAUAGAGCAGUUAAUCAAAGAGUUCAUGAACGACCCCUACAUUGUGAUCACAGCCAUGGAAGAGGCUGCUCUCUAUGGCAGCAUCCAACAGGUAGUACAUCUUUGCCUGGAAUGUGGAAAAACCUCUACUUUACUCCAAACUCUUGAUUUUGUUCCAAGUCAGGCACAGAAGACCUUGAUCUUCACCUGUUCUGUGGCUGAAACAGAAAGAGUUUGUAAGGUAGUAGAAAGCAGUUCCAUAUUUUGCUUGAAAAUGCACAAAGAAAUUAUUUUUAAUUUAAAAAGUGUUUUAGAACAGUGGAAGAAGAAGUUAAGUUCUGGUUCUCACAUUGUAUUAGCCUUAACAGAUGAUUGCCUACCACUCUUGGCCAUCACUGAUGCCACGUGUGUGAUUCACUUCAGCUUUCCUUCCUCGCCAAAAAUUUUUGGUGGACGCCUGUAUUGCAUGUCUGAUCAUUUUCAGAGUUUAACUGAACAGGGUUCUCCAGCAGAACAGGGAGAUAAAAGAGCCAAAUCUGUAUUGCUGCUGACAGAGAGGGAUGCCUGCCAUGCAGUUGGUGUCCUGCGCUACUUGGAGCGAGCAGAUGCCAAGAUUCCUUCAGAGCUGUACGAGUUUACUGCAGGGGUUCUGGAAGCCAGAGAAGAUAAAAAAGCCAGAAGGCCUCUUUGUCCGUAUCUUAAGGCUUUUGGUUUUUGCAGAGACAAAAGGAUCUGUCCUGAUCGACACCAUGUUAAUCCAGAAGUAGACAUGCCAAGGAAGUUAUCCAACCAAACUCUGCCAGUGUUUGGAUACAUAAAAAUUAUACCCUUUUAUAUUUUGAAUGCAACAAAUUACUUUGGUCGUAUAGUUGAUAAACAUAUGGAUCUUUAUGCACCUCUUAAUGCUGAAAUGAAAGAGUAUUUUGACGAUUCCAGUAAUAAAACAGCUGUUGAAAGGGUGGAGAAAUUUGGAUUAUAUGGAUUAGCAGAAAAAACAGCUUUUCACAGGGUUCAGGCUUUGGAGGUGAGCCAGAAGGAGGACACGUGGGCCCUGGAUAAUGUCCUUGUGAAGUUCAUAGAUGAAGGCAGGACUGGACUCAUCACAAGAGACCAGUUGCUGCACCUCCCAGAAAGUUUCCACACACUGCCCCCGCAAGCUGUGGAGUUUAUUGUUUGUAGAGUGAAACCCGUGGACGAUGAAAUUGAAUGGAAUCCGAAGGUUACUAGGUACAUUCAUCAUAAAAUUAUUGGAAAGCUUCAUGAUGCAAAAGUAAUGUUGGCUUUAGGAAAUACGGUUUGGAUUGAUCCAAUGGUGCACGUUACAAAACUUUCAAACUUGAGAACUUCUGUCAUUGAUUAUAAUGUUCGAGCUGAAAUUUUGUCAAUGGGAAUGGGCACCGAUAACUCAGAACACGUAGAACAGCUGAAAAAGUUAUGCAAAGGAGCUCAAAUACCAACUUUUGAAGAAAGCCUAAGCCAGACCCUGAUGCCUUCUUCUGCAGAAGAUGAUGCUUGUCUGCAGAGCACACGGCAAGAGGACAAGGGCUCAGAGAGAGGUGCUGACCCUGAGACAAACUCAGAAAACCAAAAGCAUGAAACUUUACCUGAAAACACUGGAGAUGCUUCCAUUAACAAAACCACAGAGCCUCUGAGAAGCUUCCACCCACAAAUAAAAUGGUUCCAAAAAGAGGAUGUGGUCAUACUGAAGAUCAGAAUAAGGGAUGUAAAAGAUUACAAAUGUAAAUACUUUAGAGAUAGAGUCGUUUUCAGUGCCUGGGUGGGAGAGAAAUUUUACUUGGCUGAUUUGGAGCUGCAAGCCAGCAUAAUAAAAGAUGAUUGCAAAUGCGUGAUUAAAAAUGAUGAACCUAUAAUCACUCUGGCGAAAGAGAAAAGGGAGUCUUGGUGUGGCUUGCUCAAACAGAGGAAUCCUAACGUGGCUUUUGAUUUUGAUCACUGGGAAGAAUGUGACGAGGAUAAGGAGGAUAGCCACUUCUCCAAGGUUGUAAAUUCCAAACACCUGUCCUGCAAAGUGGCAGAGUUGGUUGAAACCAGUGACAUAACUUCAGAUGAAGAUGAAAGUGAGAGUGAAUGA